AUGGCGUCCCUCGGCAACGCCUCGAUCGCGCGCGUCGCGAGCCGUCACGCGAUGAAAUCAUCGCGACGCUCCAAGGUUGUCCCGGCCGCCGGUGCGGCGCUUCGGCAGUUCCCCGACGCCCCCGCGCCGGUGAUCGAGCACGAGGACGUCCUGGGAUGGACUGCGAUCGAGAGUAAACUCAUCGCGGCGUGCGCCACGAACGCUGGGAAUGAGAGCGUGAACGCACGAUUCAAGGCGUGCGCGAUGCUCGGCGCGGAGACGACGUACGAGGCGGUGAACGAGCUGAGCGUGGUGGAGGUGUACACGCAGGUGUACGAGGGUGAUCUCACGACUUGCAGCACGAUCAUUGAUGUCCACUUGCGGGUUCUGGCGGAGAGCAUGAUCGACGGCGAUUGGGAUCGCGUGGGGCGGGCGUACCAAAAGUUUCACGGGUUGCCGCCGCAGAUGAAGCGCCAGAGCUUGCUCGCGACCGCGGCGGUCGCCGAGGCAGCCCUGUUGUUCACCAAAGAAGAGUACGAGUACACGGUGGCGUUCUUACAAGACAUGUACGACUCUCCCGACGCCGGUGAUGACCUCAAGGAGGAAUACGAGAUUAACAUGGAGAUGGUCAAUGCCAUCGACAAGUUUAUUAUGGAGAUGCAAAAGCACAAGGACGAGCGCGAUCGCUCGUAA